AUGGCACCUCCGCGUAUCCCAUCCGCGUCCUACACGAGCAGCUCCACGGCCAGCCCGUCCACCGCGCCCCCCUCCUCUGGGUGGGACUACAUCCUAAAAUUCAUCCUGAUUGGCGACUCUUCCGUGGGCAAAUCCUCCCUCCUGGUCCGGCUCACCGACGACCGAUUCCUCACCUCACCCGAUCCGACCAUCGGCGUCGAGUUCGGCUCGCACCUCAUCCGCCUCGACAACGGCGAGACCGUCAAAGUCCAGGUCUGGGAUACGGCCGGAAGCGAAUCCUUCCGCUCCAUCACCCGAUCCUACUACCGCGGUGCAGCCGGCGCGCUGCUCGUGUACGACGUCACCCACAGAGCCUCUUUCGCCAACGUCAAGAGCUGGCUGGACGAUGUGAGGACGAACGCGGAGGAGAAAGUUACGGUGGUGCUGGUCGGGAACAUGUACGAUCUCGUGGAGCAGGAGGACGGAGUAGAGGAAGACCAAGGUGCAGCAAGGUUGGUGAGGAGAAGAAGCAAAGGUGCGAGACGACAGGUUCCGACACAGGAAGCGAAGGAGUUUGCGGAAAAGGAAGGAUUGCUGUUCGUUGAAGCGAGUGCGAAAACGGGGUGGAAUGUUAAGGAGGCGUUUGCGUUGGCGGCCAAGGAUAUCCAUGAGAAGUUUUCGCAGGCGGAUGCGGAGGGUGCCAACGGCGAUGCGCGGCAAGGCGGAGAUGCGGGGAGCGGAAGGGAUACGUUGGGUAAGAGGAGCCGGAUGAGAGCGAGAGCGGGCGGGAGGACGAGCGGUACGGUCAGUCUGGAUCAGCAGCAGCAGCCGGGGUCACCGCAGACUCAGAGGAACGUCAGUGGAUUUUCGAUCCGUAAUCUCACACGUGGUGGUGCUGCAGCAGCAGCACAACAUCCUAGUGGCGAUGGCUCGACCUCAGAUUCGCAACCAAGAGGCGCUGCCGAAUGCUGUAUCAUCUGCUAG